UUGGGGCAGAGGGACUCGGGGGGACCUCAUCCCAGGGCCGGAGGUUGCGCGCAGGCUGGCAGAGGGACGGAGGACACAGGGAAGCACUGCCUCUGGCCGCUGUCUGGAGCGCACGGAGCUCAGCAGCCCCGGAGCCGCGCGUCCCCUCCCCGGGACCGAGCGAGGGAUGCACGAUCGCUGAGCGGAGAUCGGCGCCGAGAGGCCGCUGCGGCCGGGACUGAGACGCUCGCUUUCGCCACCGCCGCGAAGACCCCCAUUCCGGGGACUCUCAGGGAACUGGGGCGCCAAGCACUCCCCCAAGACUCAGGACUUGGGCGACUCUAAGACGAUGGUUUCUUAAGCACGGCACCACGUCCCCCUUCCCGCCCCCUCGACCGGAGGCAGGGAUCCCGCGCGGGGCUCCGGGGGCUCCGUCUUUUCUGGGAGCCCCGGCUGCCGCCUCCCUGGGCAGCUCGCACGGCCGCAGGCACGCACGGGCGAUGUGGCCUCCGUCCAGCGCGCAGGCCCUCCUGGAGGAUGUCAGGGCACCUGGCAGAGCCUAGCAUGGCCCGCGCGCUGCCCGACGUCGCCUCCGGCUAGGAUGGCCCCUCCGGGCCCGGCCGGCGCCCACCCCACCUCGGCCGAGCCUCUGUCCCGCAGCAUCUUCCGGAAGUUCUUGCUGAUGCUCUGCUCCCUGCUCACAUCCCUUUACGUUUUCUACUGCCUGGCCGAGCGCUGCCAGACCCUGUCGGGCCCCGUCGUGGGGCUGUCCGGCGGCGGCGAGGAGGCGGGGACCCCGGGUCGGGGCGUCCUGGCCGGAGGCCCGAGGGAGCUGGCGGUGUGGCCCGCGGCGGCGCAGAGAAAGCGCCUCCUGCAGCUGCAGCAGUGGCGGAGGCGCCGGCCGCCCGCGCCCCGCGGCGACGGCGAGGAGGCCGCCUGGGAAGAGACCCCCGGCCUGGCCGGGGGUCCCGGCGGCUCCGGGGCCGGGAGCAGCGUGGCCGAGGCCCCGCCGGGGACCCUGGCCCUGCUGCUGGACGAAGGCAGCAAGCAGCUGCCGCAGGCCAUCAUCAUCGGCGUGAAGAAGGGCGGCACGCGGGCGCUGCUGGAGUUCCUGCGCGUGCACCCCGACGUGCGCGCCGUGGGCGCCGAGCCCCACUUCUUCGACCGCAGCUACCACAAGGGCCUCGCCUGGUACCGGGACCUGAUGCCGAGAACCCUGGACGGGCAGAUCACCAUGGAGAAGACGCCCAGCUACUUCGUGACCCGGGAAGCGCCGGCGCGCAUCUCGGCCAUGUCCAGGGACACCAAGCUCAUCGUGGUGGUGCGGGACCCGGUGACCAGAGCCAUCUCGGACUACACGCAGACGCUCUCCAAGCGGCCCGACAUCCCCACCUUCGAGAGCCUGACGUUCAGAAACAGAACCGCGGGCCUCGUGGACACGUCGUGGAGCGCCAUCCAGAUCGGCAUCUACGCCAAGCACCUGGAGCGCUGGCUGCGCCACUUCCCGCUCGGCCAGAUGCUCUUCGUGAGCGGCGAGCGGCUCAUCAGCGACCCGGCCGGCGAGCUGGGCCGCGUGCAGGACUUCCUGGGCCUCAAGAGGAUCAUCACGGACAAGCACUUCUACUUCAACAAGACCAAGGGCUUCCCCUGCCUGAAGAAGGCCGAGGGCAGCAGCAAACCCCACUGCCUGGGCAAGACCAAGGGCCGGACCCACCCCGAGAUCGACCGCGAGGUGGUGCAGCGGCUGCGCGACUUCUACCGGCCCUUCAACUUGAAGUUCUACCAGAUGACCGGGCACGACUUUGGCUGGGAUGGAUGACAAUAUAAUUUAAAAA